GUAUCGGUGCUCCUUAUCGGACGAUAUCGUCUUAUCUCGUUAUCGCCUGCCCCACUCGCACCUGUCCCGCCAAGUCGAGUCACAUGACUUCGAGAAAUGGCACCACAGUGCAGGGUCGCUAGCACGGCCUUUCUGCGAGCCGGCAGCUGCCAAAGCCGCCUUGCCUUGACGCUCAGCGGGGAGAAAAUGAGCGCUGCCGCCUCACCGAGCUGAAAUCCUCCCACACCUGUGUCUCACCACCACCGCAACCCACGUCCAGCAACGACCCCUCUCCUGACUAUACGGUACCACAAGACGACUAUACCCUUGGCGGACACUCUUCAUAUAGCCCAACUAUCUAAGACGUCUUCACAGCGGUCUUUCAUACUUGCGACAGCGAUAUUCCCGUCGCGCCAGCGCCACGCGUCGUCGCUCCCGUUCCAUUCUCAGAUCCCAUUCCAUACAGCUUCACCUGCGAACCCCUCCAACCACCACUCUACGCCCAACCCUCCUCCCCCUAUUCUUGGUCAAAACCGCCCUCAUAUACCCCCUGCUUCUCCACUUUACCAACAAACCCCCCCCCCCUCCCCCCGCCCCCGAAGCCUCACCAGCGUGUCCCACCUCGAAGAUGAGUAUCUUCAACCAAAAAUCAAAAUUCAAAGUAAAAACCGAAGUCCGCGCCGUAAAGAAGACCCUCCCCGAAAAACCCAAGCCAAAACCUACUUCCGCCCCCCCCUCCACCUCCCGAAUCCCCUCCUCCUCGGUGCGCGCAUCCCCCUCCACAACCUCAACACCUCGCGCAUCCCCCCUCCCGCCCUCCGCCCGCAAGUCCCAAAAUGGCUCCUCCCGCUACCUCGACCCAUCAUCCGCCCUGAAAGCCCCUUCCUCCUCUACAUCCAGCAACAGCCGAAAGCGACCUCGAGCCAGCCACUCCCCCGCCUCCCCGUCCUUCGACUCAGACUCCGAUUCUGACUCCGCCUCCGACGACGACUGGCAAGACCAGCUCGACCCACGAAAGCGCCUCAAGCGUCUCGAACAGCUGCGACGACAUGACCCCAACCGCCGGGUCCGCCACCCAAAGAUGUGGAAGGGCGACAGGGAGUCCGAAGGCGAGUUGCUGCCAGUAAUUCACGCCGUCGAAGUCGCCAGCCUCAGCGAAAAGUGCCAACCGGUUAUGGGACUGUCAAGAGAUGAGGUAGGCGUCCGGUUGCGCUACCCGGGCUCGAACCACAGGGAGAAAUACGAACUGGUAAAAGGUAAAGACAAGAUCGAAGGCGCUCAAGACAUCCUGACCGUUGUCCGCCACGUCGCAUCCAUCUACCUCUCCGAAGAGGAAGCCCGCCCGUUUCUAGACCAAAACUCCGGCAUCUACCGCCGGUUAGAACGCUGCAAAAAUCUAAACGACGGCAAGGGUUUCAAAGAAGCGCUCAAAGAAUAUAGCGAAAGUCUGUUCGCCCUCCAGCGCAAAGGUGUGAUCGCCAAGAACCUAGAAAACAUGCGAGGAGUCCCGCAGGAACUCGUCGCCUUCAUCCUAGACCAGGUAUACGACCGCACCGUAGCCCCCAAAGUCGAGCUCCUCGCCAAGUACGAAAACGGCACCGACAACGUCUACGGCGAGCUCCUCCACCCCUUCAUCUCGGACAUUUUCGAGCGCACCCAACUGACGUCGGACAUGGUUUUUGUCGAUCUGGGAUCCGGCGUUGGCAACGUCGUGCUCCAAGCAGCCCUCGAAAUAGGCUGCGAAAGUUGGGGGUGCGAAAUGAUGGAAAACGCCUGCAACCUCGCCGACGCGCAGAAAAAGGAAUUCGCCGCCCGCUGCCGGCUGUGGGGGGUAGCGCCCGGAAAGGUCUACCUCGAGAGGGGCGAUUUCCGUAAGAACGAACCGAUCCUCGAGUCCCUUAAGCGGGCCGACGUGGUGCUGGUGAACAAUCAGGCCUUCACCUCGCAGCUCAACGACAACCUCGUCAACAUGUUUCUCGACCUCAAGAUUGGAUGCAAGAUUGUGUCGCUUAAGACGUUUGUGCACGACAACAAGCUGGCUGAGAACGAUGUCGCUUCGUCGAUCUUGGAUGUGGAGCAUUUGACGUACCCGGAGGAGUACGUCAGCUGGACGGGGGCGGCGGGGACGUAUUGUAUUUCGACGAGGAAGUAAUUUUCCUGUCUCUUUUUUCUUUUGUUUCUGUUAGGACAAGGAGCGUUUUUGUUUUUUGAAAACGUUGAGCGUUCCUAAAAAGCGCGGUGCUAGGAUGGAAAUGGAGGACGGUUAUAUGGUCUGUUUGUUGGGUUUAGGUUGAAAGCGUUGAAUACUUCGCACGAGUAUGGCUUGUCAGGAUUGUUUUCAUGUAUAAAAAGGGAGGAGGAGAAAGAGAGGAAGCGGAAAAGAAGAGAAGGAAUAGCGCGAGCGACUGAAACCGCAUGUAUAGCAUACGUACCUUUUCUGUUCAGAUAUCCCCAUACAUUCACAAGUAUACCAGUGAAUAUGGCUGAUGCCAACAUUGCUUUGCCACCG